GAGCUCGGAGUUAAGCAGAUGGACUGCGAGUUGUCACAGGCACUUGCCUCUGCGUUAGUGUUGGAGAUGACACCUCUGGCGCAGCAGCAAGGCGACACAGCCAAGACAGUAGUAGAAAGCUACAGCUGCUCCAGAUGCCGGCUUGUCCUGUUCACCACUGCAAACAUUCAGCAUAGCACUUGCGGCCCGCUGUUUCUGGAGUGUUUGCCUUGGAUGAGGGCUGAUGGCCGCGAGGGAAAGAUUGUCUGUCUAUGUGGUGCUAAACUCGGCCGGUACACUUGGGGAGGUCAGACAUGUGGCUGUGGCUGUCGGCAGAAGCCCGCCUUCUGUAUUCCCCGAGAUAAGGUCGAGAUACAAGCUGCAGACUUGUGA